AUGGAGAGCUUGCUGGAGGAGGUACACAAGGCCCAGGAGCAACACAACACAACGAAGAGUUCAAGACACCCAUUCACCAAAGAAGCGGCUCUUAUGUGGACUAAAGCCGUUAACAAGAUCAAUACUUUCAGCAAAGUCAUUGAUGUUCUUGUAUCGAGUCAUCCAGAGUACUCAGCACUCGUCUGGGGAUCCAUCAAGUUCCUGUUCCUGGUGACCUUGAGCCACCAAGAACUUGCGAGCAAGAUUUCUGACGCUUUCUGUGCCAUCAGUGAGGCCCUUCCAGAGGUAGAUUUCCUGGCUAUCGAGCUUUAUCCUGUUCCACACAUGCAGACCACCCUGGCGACCAUCUACACUCACAUCAUCGACUUUUGCGCCCGAGCUCUAAAGUGGUACAGCAAGACAACAGGGAACUUCAUUGGGAAAACAUUGGCGGCGAUAAAGGAUCCAUGGGCGCUGGAGUUUCAUGAUGUUGUGUGUCAAAUACAACGGACAACGGCCAGGAUACGAGAACAGGCGGCGGUUGCCCAUCAAGCCGAGACGAGAUAUGUCAGCUCUGUCAUUUCACAAGUACAGCAAGAGGUUGUUAAAUUACAAAAAGAGAAGGAGUUGUCUGUUUCUCCUCAUGGAGUCCUGCCUGGUAGUGCGACAAGUCCACCUCCGAGCCAGCCUUCAUUGCUCGGAACAGCCCCUCUUGUGAUCAAGAAGAUAGCCAAAUACUUCUUGUCUGUGCGGCUAAACCCCGAGAAUGCCCUCGUUCCAGGAACGACAUGGAGGGGCCGUCGACGGAAACGAGGAAACCCCGUCCCAGAUCAGCUUCUGGCAUCGUCUGCGAUUUUUCGCCUCCAGAUCGAGAACGAAAUGCUCAAGGAAGAACUCAAGGCUAUUAUGACAGCUCAACUCGCAUCCCCGGAGCAGGCUAUUUGUGAAGCAUCUGAAUCAGCUCAAGGUCCCAACCUCGCCAAGUUUGUGACGUUCCAUCAGGUGUCUUGUCACGAUAGCGGCACGCAGACAAGCUACUUGGAUCCUCCUCGCCUUUUUAGAGGCGGCACAGAAAAUGACCACUUCAGGGGAACCCACGAGGUCGGCCACAAGGAAACAUACCUGGAAAGUCACCCAGAAGUUUUUUUCGCGGUUGUCAGACACUAUGAAUGCGAUGGGCAUUUAAUUCGGUCGAUACUGACUAAGGAAGGACAGCCCGGGCCCCGUGGUCGGGUUCUUGUUCAAGAUCAUUACCCCAAGGAGCCUGAAGCGAAGGAAAUCAUGAUCGGUCCAGUUGCACAGGCUGGGCUAAAGGCAAUCAUAGAGGCGUUCCCCCACCGGUUUCCUGGUUUUGAUAAUUCUCCCGGAUUUCUGAAGACAGAGACUCCCUUUAUGGUAGAUCUACGCUUCCGCCGGCUUCCAAAGCCAUACCCCCUCUUUUACCUAUAUGGGAAAACACUGAUCGAAUCCCUCGGGGAGGUUGAUCUAGAUGACUUGACAAGAGAGUCGCUGUGGUUGUUGUGUCAGUGGAUGGAGGACAACUUCAGGAAAGAAUGGGAUGAGGCCGACGCUUUGUUUGCACGAGGAAAAGUCAACAGGAAACACUUCAUGACAUUAUUCCGGCCCGGCGAACUUCUGGUUCGUCAGGACCCUAAUGAAGGCAGGCCGUUGAGCGGUGCCAUUGUCCCUUGGUUCCCGUCCAACACAGAUAGGGCCGGUGUUAUCCAACUCCGCUGGGAAUUCAAUGGUAUCCUAAGGCAUACAUCUUCAGUCCUCGGGUUACCACCGGGGUACGGCUCGUUGUAUGACUCGGACGACAGGCUUCUGGAUAUCACUAGCCUUGAAUGUUAUCCGCUGAGAUUUGCAUCAGUGGAUAUCAAAGAAAAGCUCAUUGCCCGAGGGCAACGAUUCUGGGCAUGCAGACGGCGGAAACUCGUCUGCUACGACGAGCAUGGCGCAGACAGUGUCUUUCAAGCCGAGGGGCGAUUCAUGAUCGACUACGCAAUGUUUAAACGCUUACACCCUACCAAUAGUAUUUUCGAAGGACAUUCCGAUUAUACUUGGGCCAACGAUCAAUUUAUGGGGAUUGAGGAGCCUCCCGAGGAUUUCCUAUACUGUCUACCGCCGAAGAUCCACGGAUUUGAUUUCACUACCAAGGCCUGGAAGACCUUACAAGUGGACGACAUCACUGAUGUGACGUGGAACAAGAGGGCGUUCUCGCAGGUUGUUGUGCCCCCUGAGACCAAAGAGUUGAUCCUAGCCGCGGUGUCGGCUCAUGGGGAAAGGAAGAGCAUGGAUCUGGACAUCGUCCAGCGCAAAGGUCAGGGGCUCCUGGUCUUGCUUCACGGCGGGCCUGGGACUGGAAAGACUCUGACAGCAGAGAGUAUUGCUGAGGAACAGGAGAUGCCUUUGUACCGGGUGACGUGCGGCAAUAUCGGGACUGAGCCUGCCGAGGUGGAACGGUAUUUUGAUGGUGUUCUCGAGAUAGGGAGAGCCUGGGAUUGCGUGGUCCUUCUUGAUGAAGCAGACGUCUUUCUUGAAGAGAGGUCCUUUUCAGACCAGAAGCGAAAUGCCAUCAUUUCAAUCUUCCUCCGCAUCCUGGAGUACUAUGAUGGAAUCAUCAUCUUGACAACCAACCGCAUUGGGAGUUUCGAUGAAGCCUUCAAGUCACGCAUCCAGCUUGCCUUGGGCUACCCGGCACUUGGCGAGGAGGACAGAUUCAAGAUCUGGAGUAACUUUAUUCAGAUGCUGCAUCACACCAAGGUCCGCGUAGACAUGGAGGACCUGCAGAUGAACCUGCCCAAGCUGGCGCGAGUCGAGGUCAACGGGCGCGAGAUCCGCAACAUCAUCACCGUGGCGCGGGACCUGGCCAAGUUCCGAAAAGAGACGCUCCAAUAUCAGCACAUGCGGGACGCCCUAAGGUCAUCGCAGAAGUUCAGCGAGUACCUGAACCAGGUCAAGGGCGUCUCGGACGAUGACUGGGCGAGGGCGGACAAGCUCAGGUAG